CCAGAAUGCACUGCGACGCGAACAUCCGCUUCCGGCAGGCGUCAGGAGGCAAGAUGGCUGCGUUCGUCAAAUUUGGAGCAUUCCUGAAAAAUGCGUGGGCAAAGGAACCGGUCAUAACUGCCGCCGCCGCCAUUGGCAUAUUGGCUGUUGUUGUUCCGGUUGUCAGCCCAUACACAAAGUAUUCCGCUAUGAUGAACAAAGCUGUGCCGUACUCCUAUCCAGUUCCAGUCCGAGAUGAUGGAAACAUGCCUGAUGUCCCCAGCCAUCCUACUGAUAACGUCGGACCCAACUUGGACUGGCUAAAGAACUUCUAAUCACGCGGAUAACGUGAAAAGAAGCUGCGCGGUUAAUAAACAAGUUCAGGUCGGAUGCUCUCUGUUUUGCCCCUUUUUUUUGUCCUGUUUCCAAACACAGAUGGACGACGUUCGCCUCUGCCCUGUACGGAGCGCACCCUGCCAGCUUGCGUCACCACUCUGCCCGAUGUAAUAAGAAAUAAAUUAUAUUAUUAAAAACCAACGUAUUUUUA